GUAAAAUGUAUCUGUUGGGUGACUCUUACGGUUAGUUUCGGUCACAGUGCAGCACUUGUAACAUCAUCGGAACAACGGUUCCGGAUCUAGCGUAUAUCAUGGCAGAACAUCUACUUCAGCGGUUCGCCAACAUGGGGAGUUCCAGUACGGUCAGACCACCGGCUACAGCGGUAACACUCAGCUCACGGAUUCAUCAUGAGCCUUUCGUCAAGUAUCCUGUUUUUGGUCCCGGUUCAGGACCAGAAAUCUACGAGGAAGGUGAAGCUUUCUGGGCGGGAGAAACCUUUCCAGGGUUUUUCCCUGGACCUGCACCACCACUACCUCCGCCUCCACCUCCUCCUCCAGCUCCUUAUCGCGUCCCGUACGGCAAGUAUGGAACGGCUCGCUUCAAGGGUGCUUCCGUAGCAAUCCUUACAUUCAUCGGAUUCCUGUUCUUCCUGAGCGUGCUUCAGAAUUACAUCCGGGACUAUUCCGCCACCAGCUCCCCAACGGUUAUCGUCCUAUCGUCCGGUGCGACCAAGGAGAAUCUUGCACCGCAGUAUCCGUUUCUGCAGAAAAAUGACGCCCAUCUCAGUGAGGAAGUCGAUGCGUACAGCUACAAGAAGACCUCGAACCAUGGCAGCAAGAAGCACAAGAACCAAAAACGCCAAUACUCGUCGGACGCAGUAUCGACUCAACCGGCACUAUUUUCCGAUCUGCUUACUAUUGAUGGGAUGAAGAAGAAGAAGAAGAAGUGA